AUGAGAGAGAGAGGGAGGGGGGGCGGGGGGAGUGGAAGAGUGGGGGAAGAGUGGGGGAGGAGAGGGACACUGUGUGAUCAUGAUGUCAUUAGGAGAUUCCCGCAGACAGAGGAGACUCCUGAGGGACGACUAAAGAGGAACACCGCGCAGGGACCAGACGCACACGCAAGGACCAGACGCACACGCAGGGACCAGACGCACACGCAGGGACCAGACGCACACGCAGGGACCAGACGCACACGCAGGGACCAGACGCACACGCAGGGACCAGACGCCCACGCAGGGACCAGACGCACACGCAGGGACCAGACGCACACGCAGGGACCAGACGCACACGCAGUGACCCGACGCACACGCAGGGACCAGACGCACACGCAGGGACCAGACGCACACGCAGGGACCAGACGCACACGCAGGGACCAGUCGCACACGCAGGGACCAGACGCACACGCAGGGACCAGACGCACACGCAGGGACCAGACGCACACGCAGGGACCAGACGCCCACGCAGGGACCAGACGCACACGCAGGGACCAGACGCACACGCAGGAUCCAGACGCCCACGCAGGGACCCAGACGCACACGCAGGGACCAGACGCACACGCAGGGACCAGAUGCACACGCAGGGACCAGACGCACACGCAGGGACCAGACGCACACGCAGGGACAAGACGCACACGCAGGGACAAGACGCACACGCAGGGACCAGACGCACACGCAGGGACCAGACGCACACGCAGGGACCAGACGCACACGCAGGGACCAGACGCACACGCAGGGACCAGACGCACACGCAGUGUUUGCUCCUGUUUGGUUACGUUAAAGCGUUAA